AUGGGAAAAGAAAAACGUUUACCAAAAGCCGAAAGUAGCAAGAUGGCUAAGAAGAGGAAACAUAAGAAGCAAAAGAAGCAAUCAUUGAAUGUGGAAUUUAUCUUUGCAGCAAUUGCUAUAGCAAUUACCACGCUCCAAAGUAAAGAGAAGGACGAGCAAGUAGUGAGGCUAGCAAAAAUAGAAGUACUAGCAGUUCGAGCACCAGCAGUUCAAGCACCAGCAGUA